GCAGGUUUACCACUCUGCCAAAGUUGCCCAUUCCCAGCUGAAAACUUGCUUUGGAGUGCAGCGAAGCGUAUCCAGCCACAAGCAUUUUCCUUUGGGGCGCAGCGCGUCCUGCCACGUAAGCUGUGGUGUGGGCAGGACUCCAUCCUGCUGAUGCCACACAGCACCUUGGCUUGGCGCUGGUUUGUGACCCAACAACUACUGCAAGUUGUGACUGCAGUGAGAAAUGAUUGUGGCAACUUGUUGCAGUGGCAACUUGUGACUGCCAUCACUUCAGGCUGUGGGAACAUUUCUGGAAUUUUGCCAGACAUCAUCAAGAAGCAAGUCAACCAGGCAGAAAAAGAAUCAAAAGCAAUCCAGGAAGGGAGAGAAGCACUAAUUCAAUUGUCAAAAGACCAUGCUGGAAAUGUCUCAAAACAAUAUUUGGAUUUUCAAGUGCCGGGAAUGGAAAACAGGAUUAAGGAGCUUGAAAGUUCCACUCCGAAGCAGCAGCCAAAAGAUUUUAGCAAAGAGGCUCUAAUAACUGGACAAGAACUUUCCAGAAUUUCAAACAGUUCCACUCAGGAACAGCAAUCAACUAGUGCAGAGGUUUCAAUGAGUUCAUCUCCAGAACAACAGUCCACUAGUGGUUCAGUUGACACAACAACACAGGAGAUUUCAGUCAGUUCCACUCAGGAACAGCAAUCAACUAGUGCAGAGGUUUCAACCAGUUCAUCUCCAGAACAACAGUCCACUAGUGGUUCAGUUGACACAACAACACAGGAGAUUUCAGUCAGUUCCACUCAGGAACAGAUAUCAACUAGUGCAGAGGUUUCAAUGAGUGCAUCUCCGGAACAACAGUCCACUAGUGGUUCAGUUGACACAACAACACAGGAGAUUUCAGUCAGUUCCACUCAGGAACAGCAAUCAACUAGUGCAGAGGUUUCAACCAGUUCAUCUCCAGAACAACAGUCCACUAGUGGUUCAGUUGACACAACAACACAGGAGAUUUCAGUCAGUUCCACUCAGGAACAGCAAUCAACUAGUGCAGAGGUUUCAACCAGUUCAUCUCCAGAACAACAGUCCACUAGUGGUUCAGUUGACACAACAACACAGGAGAUUUCAGUCAGUUCCACUCAGGAACAGCAAUCAACUAGUGCAGAGGUUUCAACCAGUUCAUCUCCAGAACAACAGUCCACUAGUGGUUCAGUUGACACAACAACACAGGAGAUUUCAGUCAGUUCCACUCAGGAACAGCAAUCAACUAGUGCAGAGGUUUCAACCAGUUCAUCUCCAGAACAACAGUCCACUAGUGGUUCAGUUGACACAACAACACAGGAGAUUUCAGUCAGUUCCACUCAGGAACAGAUAUCAACUAGUGCAGAGGUUUCAAUGAGUGCAUCUCCGGAACAACAGUCCACUAGUGGUUCAGUUGACACAACAACACAGGAGAUUUCAGUCAGUUCCACUCAGGAACAGCAAUCAACUAGUGCAGAGGUUUCAACCAGUUCAUCUCCAGAACAACAGUCCACUAGUGGUUCAGUUGACACAACAACACAGGAGAUUUCAGUCAGUUCCACUCAGGAACAGCAAUCAACUAGUGCAGAGGUUUCAACCAGUUCAUCUCCAGAACAACAGUCCACUAGUGGUUCAGUUGACACAACAACACAGGAGAUUUCAGUCAGUUCAUCUCAGGAACAGCAAUCAACUAGUGCAUCAGUUGAAACAACUAAUAUACAAGAAGUUUCAAGCAGUUCUACUCCAGAGCAGCAGGCAAGUAGUGUCACAAUUGUUACAACUUCUGUAGGUUUUUCAUCCAGUUUUGAUCCAAAACAGCAGUCAUCAACUAGUAGUGAAGAAAUAGAUCCAGGAAGGCUAUUGGUUAAGGAGUGUCCCACUGGGAUGAAAGGUGCUGCUGAGUGGCUUUGUAGAAAAUCUGGUACCUGGGAUGGUGACCUUCCAAAUCUCAGUGGUUGCAGAAACCUUGCAUUGGAAAAUGUCCUGAUUCAACUGAAUGAAAGCAACAAUGUCGCAAACGAGAUGAAGGAAUUGGCAUCCAUGAUUCAAAAUUCCCCAGGUGGCUUAGCCCCUGGUGACCUGUAUGAUUUGUCUGCAUUUUUUGAACUGUCUGGGAUGAGGCAGGAAGAGCUUCUCCAAUCAGCUGUAUCAGAUGCAGAAAAAUUUCAGAUGACUCGAGAUUACUUGAGUUCUCUUAGUUCUCUGGUUGGAGUUACUCUGGAUCAACCAGAGAAAUGGCAAAGUGCGAACUACUCCCUGAGAUCUACAGCUGGCAAUGAAAUCCUUCUUCAGAUGGAAAGUGCUGGUGCUUCCCUGUUGAAAUAUCAAGAUCAAGGAGAAGUCCAACUCUCAGAAGACUCACACAGUAGGCGUUACAGCAUCACUUUCUUGAAAGAUUAUGAUCACCAGGGCAUCAAACAACUUUUUUUUGUUGCAGAUUUGAUAUUGAGAAAAUUUGCCAGGGAUGAUUUUGGCUUUUCCAAGCUUGAUCAGAAGGGAACUUCAUUUUCAUAUAAAAAUGCCUCCAUUCAAAUAAUGACAGACUGGAUUUUUGACAAUGUGGAAGAUGCUGAAGAGUCCAUUGCAAUGUCUUUUAUUGGGUUUAAGGACAUGCACAACAUUCUAAAGCCAAAUGAGCAAUAUGUUGAUGGUAGAUUUCAUACUGUCAACACACUUGUGAUGGGUGCUAAGCUGGCCUCUGCACUGAAAAACUUUACCCAGUCCACUCCUAAAGAAGCGGUCAAGAUGUCAUUCAAAGAUAUUUCACACCAGCAUUUGCGGACCUGGUGGCUGAUAGCUGGGAAUGCCCUGUCCAUGUACACAUUGUUCAUGAGUGGAGCUGCAUAUGCUUUUGUCAAAACCCUGGGAGGAAACGUUUGGAUCAGGGUUGUCAAUGUGAACCUUUGCUUGACUCUGCUCACUGCACAAGGAUUCAUGCUUGGAAUUGAUGAGGUAGAUGAUGGGAGAAAAUGUUCUGCAUUGGCUGUCUUGCUGCAUUAUUUUCAACUGACCUCUGGUGCCUGGUUGCUCAUCAAGAGCUUCAACCUUUUGAGCUUCAAGAAGUCAUUCAGAGGUAGUAAAUUAUCUCCAGGAAAGAAGACAUUAAUUGCGUUGGGAGCAUAUGCUGUUCCAGCAGUUUAUGCAGGGAUUGUUGCUGCUGCCAGUGUGGGCAAAGCAUACAGUUCCAAAAACUUGUGUUGGCUGGAAGGUGAAUAUGCCUUGACAUUUGUCAUCCCCAUUGAGCUGAUAGCAGUGAUUGCUUUCCUGACAUCCACAAGCACGUUGAUUUUCGCUCUAAUGGACAUGAAACAAACCAUGAGAUCAAUCAAAAGGAUCGAAGUCGGUAUACCUUUAAAUUACACCAGUAGUGUGGAUUCAGUGGCACGCAUGACAACACUGGCAAUUCAUGCAGGAUCAUCAGCUAUUUUCGCUCUUAUCCUCGCUAUUUCUUGGGCUCUGACAACCACCUACACUUUGUACUCCACGCGUGAGACUGAGAUUUCCUCAGCGAUUGCGAAUGGACUUCAAGGAAUUUUCAUGCUGAUUAUAGUUGUUUUCAGACUUGAAGCUUUCCAGCCUUCGGGAGAAAUGCCACAGAUUGCACAAGCAGUGAAUCCAGUUCACGCUCCGCCGUUGAGUGUGACCGAAUUCUCGGUUCGUUUGCCAAGACUGGUACCCGUUUUGCGAGAAUCUUUUCGGCGAUUUUAAAAAACUGGGACUUCAUUCUUGACAGCAAGCUUCUACCUCAUCAAUUGUUGAUAGGAAAUCUUAGAUUGAAAAAAAAGUAUGUGCAAAAAAACGCAUUUCAGCUGGAUCGAAUUGAGAAUUACCACGUUUCCUGUUGAGAUACUUCAAGCAUUGUUAUUCAAGUUAAUUCUUUUUUUAAAUUCGCUUGAAAUUUGUUGGUGUUGUCGCAUUACAUUGUGAAAAGGUUUGUGUAUAUAUGGAAGGAAAUCGAUUGCCAAGAAAUAUAAAUUAUUUUUUUCAGGAAUAU